UUUGAUGUUAUGUUCUUGUUCAGAAAUUUGAAAUGAUGGAGUUUGGGAAAGUGUAUCAAACUUACUGACUCAUUGUAUAUUCUGAUUGUCGUUUCUGCGAAAUACUGUAGAACUGAAUAUAUAUUAUUUAAUGUUAUAUACACAUAAUCUUUCUCUUAAAGACGUUAUAGGAUCAUUUGAACAGCUGUGCGUGGAAAACAAUGCUGUGUUCUUUAUGACGUGGAAUUUUAGGUUAUCUAUUUGUUAAGAACAGCUGAUAUAUUUUCGGUCAGAAUGUUUGAAAUAACCGAUGUGCAAAAGAUUGGCGUGGGCCUUGCAGGAUUUGGUGUAUCGUUUCUUUUUCUUGGUGUAUUACUCCUAUUUGAUAAAGGGUUGCUAGCGAUAGGGAAUAUUUUAUUCAUUGCAGGCUUGGCAUGUGUAAUUGGACUGGAGCGAACUUUCAGAUUUUUUUUCCAGAAACACAAAGCAAAGGCAUCAGUGGCAUUUUUUGGUGGGAUCAUUGUGGUACUGGUGGGAUGGCCUCUGGUUGGAAUGCUCAUUGAGACAUAUGGUUUUGUUUUGCUCUUCAGUGGCUUCUUUCCUGUUGCAAUCAACUUCUUGAGACGAGUUCCAGUUCUAGGAACAAUAUUAAACUUACCAGGAAUCCGAGGGCUGAUGGAUAGGUUAGCACAAGAUUCAGAUAGGACUACAGUUUGAGAUUGUGUAAGAGAAGCUCCACAUGUAAAGUACAAGCUGGUGGUUGCAAGUUUGGUUAUACCUGGGACUGAGUAAAGGAUCUUCAGCUGUGCAGUCAGGUUUUGUGCCACCAGAAGUGAUCUGGUGACACACAAGUGGUGCUCUGCCCAGUGCUUUGAAACAAAAUGCAACAAUUUUCUUAUUACUGUAUGUUUCAUGACUACACUGUGUUAAGAAUGUGCGCAUAGUUUAUUUACAUUGUCUUGCUGUAAAAUGUUGAUGUAAAAAUGCAAAGCACUACACAUUGCCACAUGUUCUUUGAUGGCUAUGCAUAGUGAAUAAACCAGAACAUUUUCAAUUGAAGGCAUACAGAGUGUUCAAAACUCUAACACAAAAGAUAAUAUCAACUACAUUGGUUGCUUUAGUGUUACUGGAUUUUUAAUUUUUGUUAAGUUGAAGUUCAUUAUCUUAAUUUUCCUAAUAUAAAGUUAAACCUGAAAAUGGCAAUUGCAAAAAAAAAUUUUAUUUGAGUGGUUUGAAGGGAACUUACUUUGUUAGACUGUUAGGUGAAAUCCCUGUAGUUGGAAAAAAUUAAAUAAAUUGUUUGUCAUUACAUAAUUACUAAUAAUAUCAUAAAUGCCCUCACACUGCCUAUAUUGUUGUUUGGUGUUGUAAGAAUUUUCAACAUGUGUAAGACACUUUCCAUCCCAGCCAUAGAUGUUCAAUGGAGGAGAAAGCAUCAACCCUUUUACAUUAUGUACUUACCAGUAGCAUAGGGUAAAACGCCCUAUUAUUGACACCCCUCCAGUUAUUGGCACUCUGUUAUCGAGACUGCGAUAUUAAGCAUGUAAGCAGUUGGCGACUCUGUUUCACACACAUUUGGAAUGAGCAGCUUUUACUUGGUGUGAGUCAGUUGUUUCAGCCACGAGUUUAUAUUGCCAGUUGUAUUGUUCGUAGAUGGCCACAAAACCCACCUAACCUACCAUCUCAGUGCGCUGUGCAAGGAACUGCAGAUGUUUCUCAUCGCUCUCUAUCCAAAUUCUACAAGAAUUCUGCAGCCAGCCGAUGUGGCAGCCUUCAGGCCUGUAAAGAGCAAAUGGAAAGAUGCAGUUCUCUCUUGGCGAACACAAAAUCCAAACAAGGCUGUUACAAAAGAGGAUUUUGCUCCUGUUCUUGAAGACAUGUUUAAAAAUAUUGACUUGGAGCGCUCAGAUAAGAAUGGUUUCAGGGCAACAGGUCUCUAUCCAUGGAAUGCCAAUGCGGUGGAUUUCUCAAAGUGUAUUGCGAAGAAUGGUCCAAAAGUCAAUGUCAAUAUCACAUCAUUGAGGAUACAACCACUUCCAUAUGAUGAUUUCUGCGGAAUUGUGGGAGAAAGGCAAAUUGAAAAAUUUAAAAACAUUAAACAAAUAGUAGAAGAAACCUGGCUGACAUAAAAAUGGCAUUUAAAUUAAACUUACAUAUUCAGAUAAUAUUGAUGUGUUGGAGAAAGAACAUGGCACUAUUGGUUUAACGGCCAAGUUUACAGUUUGCAAGAGUUAUCAAAUUAUUUUUUUACAGGAAAAAUCUUUUACUGUGGAAGUACAAAACCAAAAAUUAAAAUUUCUGUGUACAAAUUUCAAUUGUUAUUCUUGCCUCUCUCUUAUCUUAUGGAACACUUUUGCACAUUUUUUGUACUCAAAAGUCCUUGAAAAGUAUGGAAGUUAUGUCAUAAUGGAUACUGGAUACUGUCCUAGCCCAAUUUUGUGUACGACAUUGUUGUGUUCAGGGUCGGUGCUUUUCUGUAGUGUAUAAUGGUGCUAUCUCCUUGAGACCAGUGAAGCACUGCAUUUGUACUUGCUAAGUAAUAAUUAGUAUGAGCUGGUGAUGGCAUUGAGCCAGGUUUGUGUGAAGUUAUAAUUACCAAAUAGACAUGAAGGUAUGUUUGAUCGAAAGAGAUGUGUUAUAUUGUUUAUACUUAUGCAGUCAUUAUUUUUCCAUGAAUUACAUUACAUACAAAGUUAAGUAAAUAAAUUGUGGCACAGUCAUUUGAUAAAUGGUCACAA